AUGGUCAUUUAUAUUGUGUUUUCCUCCAUCUCUCUGCUGACUGCAUCUCUCAAUUUGCUGGUCAUCAUCUCCAUCUCCCACUUCAGGCAGCUCCACACUCCCACCAACCUCCUCGUCCUCUCUCUGGCUGUUGCUGACUUCCUCGUUGGCCUCCCUGUGAUACCUUUUCAUAUCUUCUUAACAGAACCCUGCUGGUUCCUGGGUGACCUGGUGUGUGUUCUGUUUUAUGUCUUAGCCUGUAUCACUGUCAAUGCCUCAGUAGUAAAUGUGGUUCUCAUAUCAGUCGACCGUUAUGUGGCUAUUUGUGACCCUCUGCACUACCCCACCAAAAUCACUCAAAAGAAAGUUCAAGUCUUUGUUCUCAUGUGUUGGAUUUAUGCUGUUUUCUACAGCUUUCUGCUUUUUUAUGAUAACCUGGAACAACCAGGCAGGUAUAACUCCUGCUAUGGAGAAUGUAAGAAAUCAGAGAUGAAAGCAGCCAGGACUCUUGGUGUCCUUGUUGCUGUGUUUCUCAUGUGUUACUCUCCAGCUUAUUGUCUCACUCUCUCUGGCUAUGACAUGAUGGGUUCUUCAAGUAAGGAUUUUGUGUUUUUUAUAACAUACCUUAACUCCUGUCUAAACCCUGUGAUCUACGCCUUUUUCUACCCCUGGUUUAGAAAAUCAGUUAAACUCAUUGUUACACUUGAGAUACUGCAGCCUCUGCUGCUAGAGGAUCGAAAAAGCGGAGAGGGUGAACCAGUGGAUACCGGCAAAGCCCACGCGAGCACCACGUACGAAAGCCUGUCCCCUGACCGAAAGAGAGCGGCUGUCCAUGAACGAUUGGAUGGACAAGCUGAUUCGAACUGGCUAUACUCUGCAAUUCUGCAG